CUCCUGGCUGUCUUGAUAUGGGAGUCUUGCUUGUCUUUUUGAGCAAAUUCAGCUCAGUCAUGGUUGGUCCGCUUGUAGUCCUUCGAUUAGAUCUUCGAAAACUUGGGCACGUUAUUCUUAAUGGUAAAAACUGGAAUCAGCUUCUUCAGAGUUUUAAACAAGGCAUUGUCGAUAGGCUCAACCUGACAAGAAUGGACUUGGUAAAAUACUCUCGAACAGUAUUCACCAUGGCAGAUAGCUUAUAGAACUUACUUUCUUUGACUAAAACCGUUUCCUUCUUGUUCUAAUCCUUUUGCCAGAUAUACAGGUGGAAAAAUUGGCAGUGGAGGGGUACUUCGGUUUGGCAUCGGUAGGCAUUUGGAGAUAGAGUAUACUAAUUGAACUAAUUAUUCCAUUCAAUCAUGGAAGAA